AUGUCCGAGCCGGAUCUCGUCGGGGCUUCAGUCGACAGCCCGAGCAGUUCUGAUGGCGUCCAUCGUCAGGCUGCCAUUCUCGACCGCCAUCUCCCAGAGGGCUACUCUGCCGAUCCGGAAGUGAGCCUGGCUACCGAGCCCAUCGAGGUCGUCGUAGAGCCCAUUGUCGCUCCCUCAUCGGCGAGCCAAGAUCUGUUUGACUCUCCCGCGGCCUCUGCGACAGAGCUAGCUGCUCCCAACAAUGGCAACGGGUUGGAUGGAAGCAGCGAUGCAACCCCGACGCUGGAGACGCUGGAGUCUUCGCUGAAGCUCCAAGGCGGCGACAUCCAUCGCGACAUGUUCAAGAUCAAGGCCCGCGCCAGCUCAAUUCGCCGAUCCAAUACCUUUUCUCACCACCCUUCGCCCCACCUGGGCCCGGCUGGUGAAUUGACACAUUCUGAGCAGCUUGAGCCGGGUGGCUUCAGGCGGCAGCAUCUGCGUCGCCGGGCUCAACAGCGGCAGCAGAGCGGGCUCGUUGUGGCUAGCACCUUUGUCGAUUUCCUCGACCUCUACGGCAGCUUUGCCGGUGAGGCCCUCGAGGAUACCGACGACGACGAGGACGAAUCUGUCGUCACUGAGGAGUCUGAAGAAGUCAUUGUUGAUGAACAACGUCCACUGCUGGCGCGGCCCAAAGCUGACCGGCGGAAGAGCUCCCGACGCAUGAGCCGUGAGGGUGACGCUAGCACUGUCAAGACCUUCUUCACGCUCAUCAAGGCUUUUAUUGGCACGGGUAUCUUGUUCCUUCCCAAGGCAUUUCGCAAUGGAGGUAUCCUCUUCUCGUCGCUUGCGUUGGUUUCCGUAUCUUUGGUCAACUGCUUCUGCUUCCGCUUGCUGCUCGACUGUCGUCGCAAAUAUGGCGGUGGCUAUGGAGAGAUUGGUGAAGCCAUCGUCGGUCCUCGGUUCCGAAGCUUGAUCCUUGCGUCAAUUGCCAUUUCCCAGCUUGGGUUUGUCUGCUCGGGCAUCAUCUUCACAGCGGAAAAUCUCUUCUCCUUCCUCGACGCCGUGACCAAGGGCGUCGGUCAUCUUGGAGUGUCAGGGCUAAUUGGGCUUCAGUUCCUCCCCCUCAUCCCCCUCGCUUUGAUCCGCAACAUCUCCAAAUUAGGCCCUGUUGCUCUGGUGGCAGACGUCUUUAUUCUCAUUGGGCUUGUGUAUAUCUGGUACUACGAUAUUGGAAGUCUAGCUAGGCACGGCAUCGAACCGAGCGUUAAGCUGUUCAACCCAAGGGACUUCCCUCUGACUCUUGGCUCAGCCAUCUUUACGUUUGAAGGCAUUGGCCUGAUUCUUCCGAUCCAGUCGAGCAUGAAGAAGCCCCAUCAUUUCAAGGGCCUGCUCUACUUCGUCAUGUUCCUCAUCACGGCCAUCUUUACCUCGGUUGGAGCACUAUGCUACGCAACUUUUGGCGAGAAUACCAAGAUCCAGAUCAUUUCCAACUUCCCUCAGGAUUCACCUGUUGUCAACUCAGUUCAAUUCCUCUACUCGCUAGCCGUACUAGCAGGCGAGCCUGUGCAGCUGUUUCCUGCUGUGCGUAUCCUGGAGACGUCAAUCUUUGGAGAACGAGCCACGGGCAAGAGGAGUGCGGCAAUCAAGUGGAAGAAGAAUGGCCUUCGGACGCUGACCAUUGCCGUCUGUAUCGGGGUUGCGGUGGUUGGCGCAAGCGAUCUGGAUAAGUUUGUGGCUCUGACGGGGUCUUUUGCUUGCAUUCCCUUGGUCUACAUGUAUCCAGCAUAUUUGCAUCUCAAGGGUGUCGCCGAGAGUAAGCAGGAGAAGUGCUUGGAUAUCUUGACGAUUGUUGCUGGAGCUGUUGCCAUGGUCUAUACGACAUCCGUGAUCGUGGCGCAGUGGGUUCAGGGUUGA